AUGGAGGCUCGUCCAAGUAUGACGCCGAGCCGGCCGCAGAGCAUUAAGGAGCUCGUGGCUCAGGCCGAGAACUUUGUGUUCAACGUCAACAUUGCCAUGAAGCACUGGAUACGCACCGCGGAUACGCUCUAUCAGGAGGCAUCCUUUGCUCUAUCAGAUGGCGACUAUGGGCGAGCCUACAAGAUGCUCUAUCGACACUCCGUCCUGGUCCUCAAAUACCUGCCGACCCAUCCCCAGUUCAAAGAUCCUGAGAACAAGAGGGCAUACAAGCUGUUGUCGAAGCGCAUCGAUCGCGUCAUCGAAAGCCUCGAGCAGCUGAAACCCGAAAUCGAGAAUGCAUACAGGGAAUGGGAACGCACAGCGCCGUCUGCCGCCGAGCGCUACAAGAAGCAGGCAUCCUCGAGCUAUGCUAGCUUUGCAGCUCAGGAUCCCAGCCUCAGUGGAAGGGCGAGAAUCCUGGACGCGGCAGAGCACCAGGAUCUCGCAGUAGACCUAGCACAGAAAGAGUUGAGCCGGCGAGAGCGAGAUAGGCGCACGAGCAAGCACGGCAGUGCCUUGGAAACGCGGAUAUCAAAACAUCAUGGCAACGAAGAGAGGCGAUACACAGACAAUAGAGCAGCACAGUUCGACGAUGGCGAUCUGCGGAGGCAAAUGGAGGCAACACGCCGGACCCUCGACAUGGCGCAGGAGCGCAGGGAAAUCGACGCAGCACUCUCUGGUUACGAUGAGACGCCGCCCGUGACCACGACUAACUACCACUACCCUUCCCUCUCUAAACCGAGGCCCAUCGAAUACGAACAGAGCCACUACUCGUCACCGAGAGAGGCCCAACCUGCUAGACCACCCAAGGAGCGUUUUGACCUCCCUCCCUCGCUGAAAGAGGAUAGAUACGAUAUCCCAAAGGCGAUUCUGCCGCCCCAAGUGCCUCGCAAGACUCAGCUCGACGGCUAUCAACAGGCAGAUGCUGCUCCAAAGCCGAUAGGUGAUAUCGCUCAGCCUCCUUUGCCGCCUAAAUACUCCGUGGAAACGCCUCAGCCCAAGAAGGAGCGUCUCGCCUUCAAGCCUGGAGGCUACCUUGAGAAUGGCGACCCAAUCCGGUCGAUAUUCGUUCCCAGCAGUCUACGCGCAAGAUUCCUCGAGAUUGCUGCAAAGAACACGGCGGCUGGGUUAGAGACGUGUGGUGUUCUUUGCGGCACGCCCAUUAACAACGCCCUCUUUGUUCGCUGUCUCCUCAUCCCAGAUCAGAAAUCUACUCCCGACACGUGCGAAACGGAGAACGAGAGCGCCCUGUUUGAUUACUGUAUGAGUGAAGAUCUGUUGAUGCUGGGCUGGAUCCACACGCACCCGACGCAGACGUGCUUUAUGAGUUCUCGCGAUCUCCACACGCAUGCGGGAUACCAAGUCAUGAUGCCUGAAAGUAUUGCCAUUGUCUGUGCGCCGAGAUACAACGAGUAA